AUCUCGAACCUCUCUUAUCUUUGUGUAAAUAGUCUGAUAGCCAAUUGGACAAAAAGAAAUGUCUGUUUUGGUUUCCCUUCUACUUACCUGUAGUUUUCUGUAUGUAGGAAUCUGGGGAGCCGCUGUGAAUACAAAUAAUGAAGAUUCUGGAUCUACAACUGAGGCUGUGACCACGACACAUCAUGGAAACCACCUACACGUGACAAGAGAGCCAUCUGUAUUUGGUUCAGCAUAUUUCAAAUAUGACCAUUAUAGUCAUCUAAUGGCUUACAAAGAUGAAACUUACACGUGUUACAUUUUGGCGAUUCACCCCGAUGACCGACAUCUUGCGCAUACUGAGAGCGGGCUACUGUCUCUUGAGGUGAGGAUGUUGACUUUGGCUAUCAAUGCUACAGAACCCUACUCCCAUGACGACCUGGAGGCGAGAAGUAAACACCUGGCCAACAUGUGUCCACAAAACUACGCACUCAUCAGUCUGAAUUGAAUGAGAUCACGUGUCACUGGAUUUGGUUAUUAAUUCAAUGAAACAAUUACGAUAGGUCAUGUUAUCUUGUUUAAAUCUUCAAUAUUGGGGUUAUGUUAUCGAUGGAGUUAGGGGCG